GAGGCUGGCAUUUGACUGUCAGGAAAGCAGAAGCCUGAUGAAAAGCAGCACUGAGGACGCUCAGACUCGUUUUCCUGUGAGUGAAACAACUACCAAACAGCCGGAUUGGUCAUCCAGAUUCAUGAUGCUGCUAAUUAUCGGGUUUUAAGCAGAAACUCGUGAAACUUCGGUGCGUUCAGGUCGGACGGCCUCAGGAUGACUGUCACCUACUCCAGCAAAGUCGCCAACGCCACCUUCUUCAGCUUCCACCGGCUGCUGCUGCGCUGGAGGGGAAGCAUCUACAAGCUGCUGUACCGGGAGUUCAUCCUGUUCGUGUUGCUCUACACCGUCCUCAGCCUCGUCUACAGACUCGUCCUCUCCGACGACCAGAAGAGGCUGUUUGAGAAGCUCUCCAUGUACUGCGACAAGUACGCCGAGCAGAUUCCCGUCACCUUCGUGUUGGGGUUUUACGUGACCCUGGUGGUGAACCGGUGGUGGAAUCAGUUCGUGAACCUCCCGUGGCCCGACAGACUCAUGUUCCACAUCUCCAGCUGUGUUCAGGGUAAAGACGAAUAUGGCCGCCUGCUGCGCCGGACGCUGGUUCGUUACGUCAACCUGACGUCGCUGCUCAUCUUCCGCUCCGUCAGCACGGCCGUCUGCAAACGCUUCCCCACCGUGGACCACGUGGUCGAGGCAGGUUUCAUGACUCCUGAGGAGAGGAAGGUCUUCGAGAACAUCCGGUCUCCUCACCUGAAGUACUGGAUUCCCGUCGUCUGGUUCUCCAACUUGGCGUCUAAAGCCCGGCAGGAAGGACGGAUCCAGGACAGCAUCGACCUGCAGAACAUUCUCAACGAGAUGAACCAGUUCAGAACCUGGUGUGCGACUCUGUUCGGCUACGACUGGGUCGGCAUCCCGCUGGUUUACACUCAGGUCGUCACUCUCGCCGUCUACACCUUCUUCUUCGCUUGUCUGAUUGGUCGACAGUUUCUGGACCCCACCCGGGGCUACCAGGGGCACGACCUUGACCUGUACGUCCCCAUCUUCACCCUGCUGCAGUUCUUCUUCUACUCUGGCUGGCUGAAGGUAGCAGAGCAGCUGAUCAACCCUUUUGGAGAAGACGACGACGACUUUGAGGCAAACUGGAUCAUCGACAGGAACCUUCAGGUGUCUCUUCUCGCCGUGGACGAGAUGCACAUGAACCUGCCUCACAUGACCAAAGACAUGUACUGGAACGACUGCGACGCUCGUCCUCCGUACACUCUGGCGGCUGCAGACUACUGCAUCCCGUCGUUCCUCGGCUCCACCACCGAUAUGGGACUCUCCGACAUCCUGCAGUUUGAUGACGUCGACGGCAGCGACAGUCGUCUGCGGCAACAGGACUCUAUUUUGGCUCGGCGUCAAGAGUCGGUUCUCGGUCGAGUCCGCCGACUGCUUAGCGUUCAGGAGCCUCCUGAUCUCCGACCUCCUCGGCCCGCUUUCAAACGACACAGCAGUGACGCAACUGGCAGCUUCUUCCCAGACUUCAGGGUCAAGACGGGUUCGGACGACUUGGCCCCACCUUCCAUGGACACCCUGUCAACCUUAAGGGAGGUCAGCAGCAACCCGCCCUCACCUGAAAGCUCGCCCUCUGCUGUUUUCCCGCAGCUUGUCAUCAGCCCGCCGUUGUUCGGUGAUGCUUGUCACACUGCAGAUUCUUUUGACAAACCUCAGAAUGGCCUCGAUCAUUCCCCCACCGAGGAGGGACCAGGCUUGGAAAUCCUAAGGGCUGACCCGGUAGCAUGUUGCUCCCCAACUCAACUGGGGCCCAAAGAAUUUCGCUGGACGACACUAAACACUCCGUGUCACCCACCAACCCGGCCACGAGGACGUCAAUUCUCACUCCAGUUCUCCAGGCAGAAUUCGAAAGCAUCUGUCCGCAGCUUGCCAAGUCCAAAGGGCCUGGGCCGGCGAAGGCGAGGCUUGGGUCGGUUCCAAUACCGGCGAUCACCUGGUCCAACACCUGACACGCUGCAGCUCCCCAACCCUGAUUAUGACAAUGACUUCCAGGGAACAACAGAGAUUGAGAAUGACGAGAAGGAAGCAACCAGCAAUGGCGAAGACACGAAAAACACUAACUCCCAGUCGCAGAGCACAGAAAAGGAAUAAGUCACAACCAUCCAGUCAGACCAAACAGAAUCAGCCACCGAGCUGCUAACAGCAUCCCCCAAAGAAAGAGUCACUACCUGGUCUAAGAGAAAGGCUCAAAUUGACUUUUGUUUUGUAGUUUUGAAGCAACAAAUGCCUGGAAAGCUGGACAUACCAACCUGUAAAGGGGCAUUUACCACUCAUUACCAGCUUUGUCUGGAAACACAUCCAGACAUAUUCCCCAUUAACGUAUGUACUGCGUUUCUAUGGGUCAGGUUAACUUUGCACUCUCCACCUCUGUUGUAGACACUCAGGUAAACGAAGAAACGAAAAAGAAAAAUAACGUAUACUUGCUCAAAAAGUGCGAGCUUCCUGCAGAUUUCCAAAAACGUUUGUUUUUGAGUCUGGCUGGUACACCAAAGACAAAAGCCUCCCAUUAAAGAAAACCGCUAUGGGUGAAACACUUGCUAUUAAAGAAAAAUCGCCUGUAAGCGUCCCCUUCUUCAUGCCUUAAUGACGUUUUAAUGGAAGAGUUGCUCUCAAUGCAGAUGUGAAAUGAGCUAAUUAUGCUGAAUUUGUUGCAACAAUAAUCUGUGUGGACUUUCUAGAGGAAAGUUGGAGGUAUUCCAUCCACCAGUGGACGCCAUCUAGUAUCCAUAAGAGGAACUGUAGCACUUACUGAUACACUCAGGGGGGUUUAAGAAUUGUGAUUACUGUUUGUAUUCGUAAAUGUAUAAACUAAUUAAUGUACACUAUCUGUGGCUGCUGCUGAAUCUCCAAAAAUGACUUUUUCAAAUAAAAUAUUGACCUACUUCUUGAUGGGUCACCAACAAUGACGAAUGAUGUCA